AUGCAGUCCAUCUGGUGGCCAGUUACUGGUGCUGUACCCCAGUGGUUGAUCCUGGGGUCAGUACUGUAUAAUGUCUUCAUUAGUGACCUGGGUGAUGGAACACAGUGCACCCACAGCAAGUUUGUUGAUGGUACAAAACUGGAAGGAGUGACUGAUACACCAGAAGGGUGUGCUGCCAUUCAGAGGGACCUCAACAGGCUGGAAAAAUGGGCCAAUGGGAACCUCAUGAAGUUCCACAAAGGGAAAUCCCACAUCGUGCCCCUGGGGCGGAAUAACCCCAGAACAGGCUGGAGGCUGACCAUCUGGGAAGUGGGGAAGGUUAGCAGUUGGGACCAUUUUCAGUCAGUGGCAAAGGUGUUAAAAUGCAGGAUUUUGACUGGAAUUAAGGCACUGAAUUUAGUGCCUGAAAUAUAGGCACUUCUGUUUUCCUUAGGAGAUGCUCGCAGGCCGCUCCACGAAACUGCAAUACUGGUGGAAGACAUCGUCCACACUCAGCUGAUAAAUUUGUUGCAGCAAGCAGCUGAAGUUUCUCAGCUGAGAGGAGCUCGAGUCAUCUCUGCUGAAGACCUCCUGUUCUUAAUGCGCAAAGAUAAGAAGAAGCUUAGAAGGCUACUUAAAUACAUGUUUUUCCGAGACUACAAAUCUAAAAUUGUCAAAGGAAUAGAAGAAGAUGACCUCCUUGAAGACAAAUUCAACAGUAAUAACACCAACAAACGGCAGAAGCUUGCUCAAGACUUUCUCAACUCCAUUGACCAGACUGGAGAGCUCUUAGCCAUGUUCGAAGAUGAUGAGAUUGAUGAUGUCAAGCAAGAGCGAAUGGAGAGAGCAGAAAGACAAACACGAAUGAUGGACUCGGUCCAGUAUGCAGAAUUUUGUGAAAGUCGGCAACUGAGUUUUUCAAAGAAAGCAUCCAAGUUUCGUGACUGGUUGGAUUGUAGCAGUAUGGAAAUAAAGCCAAAUGCAGUUGCAAUGGAGAUUUUGGCAUAUUUAGCAUAUGAGACUGUGGCACAGUUGGUGGACUUGGCCCUUUUGGUUAAGCAGGACAUGACUCCCAAAGCUGGUGACCCAUUCAGUCAUGCCAUAUCUGCCACCUUCAUACAGUAUCACAACUCUACUGAGCCACAUCUCUUAGGGCAAUCUACAAGUGUGAAGACCAGUCUUGACUCUCCUGAAAACACACCGCCUCCUACACCCACACCCCCAGCAUCAACAGGACAGCAACAUCUUGGGAAAACCCCGUCAGGAGCCUUGGGGAAUGGUGGAAUUGGACAGGACUCUACCAAAUCCAAACAAAGGAAAAGAAAAAAGAGCGCUGCAGCCUGUGGUAUAGAGGCUCAAAGCGAUGCCAUCCAGCCCAGCCACAUCAGAGAGGCCAUUCGACGCUAUGGCCACAAGAUUGGCCCCCUUUCCCCAUUCACAGUACGUAAUAACAGAGUUAUAAAAAGUUAUAUUUAUAAUCUUAAAGAACUUUGA